GAUUACUCAUCCUUUUUUAACUCUAGAAUCCUUGAUAAAACCGGAAGUAGGUUCGUCGUGUUAAUUUUUCCGAGAGAAACGAAGAACCGGCAAACUAAAUUUGGGCUUCUAUGAAUAAACGGUAACACGUCCUCAGUCGGUGGCUCUGAUCGCUAUUUACACUGGGAAAGGGAUUCAUCGAAACAUGGGGCUUUUGUCUGAUCCCAACAGAAGACAGGCAUUGAUCAGCUUGCUCACUCGUCUUAAUGCUCCAAUCUGUGUUGUGUGCUACAUGGCAGGUGUGGCCUGGUUCAUGGGUUUAGCAUUCGAGCCCUUCACCCUGCGCACUUAUAUGUCAGAGAACGCCAUGGGUUCCACCAUGGUGGAGGAGCGCUUCCCAGCCGGAGAAAGGGCACUGGUCACGGGCAGGGAGUUUGCAGCACAUAAGAAAAAAGAACAUGGGAUGCCUGUGAACUGGCUGGUGAAGACCAUGCAGGAUCGAGGCCUGGAAGUAUUCAAGCAGACCUUCUCUCGCACUCUUCCAUUCCCAGAUGAAAACAAAGAGAGAUUUAUGGUGAAAGGUACAAACGUGUAUGGCAUCCUUCGAGCACCUCGUGCUCCACGGACAGAAGCCCUAGUGCUGAGCGCGGCCUGCAGCCCAGAGGACACCAAUAACCAGGCUGUGGGACUGCUGCUCGUUUUGGCACAGUACUUCAGAAAUCAGGUGUACUGGGCCAAGGACAUCAUUUUCCUGGUCAAUGAACAUGAUUUGAUCGGCAUGCAGGCUUGGCUGGAAGGCUACCACCACACAAACACUACAGGAAUGAACUGGUCUCCACUGCAAGGCCGCGCCGGUUCCAUCCAGGCAGCGCUGUCUCUGGAGCUGAGCUCUGACGUUGUGACCAGUUUAGACAUCGUGCUGGAGGGACUCAACGGGCAGCUUCCGAACCUGGAUCUUACCAACCUCUUCUACGCUUUCUGUCAGAAGAUUGGGGUCCUUUGCACCAUACAGGGAAAGCUGCAGAGAAACGACUGGGACAGUGCGUCAGGCUACAGCCACGCGGUGCAGACUCUGAUGCUAAUGGUGCUCAAGCAAGCCAGCGGACGUCCCUGGGGGGACCAUGGUCUUUUCCUGCGCUACCACAUCGAGGCUGCCACCAUCAAAGGCAUCAACAGUUUCCGUCAAUACAAAACCGACACCACUACUGUUGGCAGGCUCCUGGAGGGAAUGUACCGCAAGUUGAACAACCUGCUGGAGCGACUACACCAGUCCUACUUCUUCUACCUGAUGCCCUCGCUCUCCCACUUUGUCUCCAUUGGUUACUACAUGCCAGCCUUCGGCCUGCUGGCUGUCAUCUUGUUGCUCCGUGCCUUGGAUCUGUGGGUGCAACUGUCAUCUCCGCCUCCAGCAACAGAAGACGGCAUUGCUGAUGUGGAGCAGGCCAGUCCUGGUGUGCUGUCUGUGUUGACACCUCUGGUUAUCAGCCAUCUGACGGGAGUGGCGCUGUACACGCUGCCAAUCCGCUUCCAGGAGAUGGCAGUAGAGCACUUCCCCGUGUCAGAGACUGAGGCGGUGGUGCUGACAGCCAUUGCUGUUUAUACUGCGGGUCUGGCUUUGCCUCAUAACACACACAGGUUGGUGUCCGGUGAAGGUACAGAGCAGGGUUGGAGAGUCCUCAAGCUGGUGGCUGUGUUGUACCUGGCUGUCCUGCUGGGCUGCAUCGCCCUCAUCAACUUCUCUCUAGGCUUCAUCCUGGCCCUCACGCUGGUGCCUGUGGCUGCCGUGGUCACGCCACACGUCCCCAAGUUGCUGACGGCCUUCAUCAUGGUGGUCCUCAGUCCCGCCUGCACGCUGCUCUUCUCUGUCUUCCUUUUCCAGGAGUUGCAGGAGAUGCCGCUCAGCUUCCAGGACGGCUGGCUGCUCUUCCUGUCGGUCAUCUCGCAGGGCAUCCUGGACCACUCGCUCUACGGCUCGUUGGUAUUCCCGCUGGUCUCCCUGCUGGUCUAUCCCUGCUGGCUGCUCUUUUGGAACAUUCUUUUCUGGAAGUAAACCUGAGGACAACAACCUCUGAGGUAGAUUCUUCUCCCUACAUGGAAACGUCAACAAUAUACUGGAGAUGGAAAACACAAAGGUCUGUAUUGUACUGACAUUUUUUUUUACAUAAUUUGUAUUAGGGAUGGGCAUAUUAAAUGAUGAGUCCAUUAUUGGUAAAGAAAACUGAAUCAAAAUAGCGUGCACUACUUGGUUGCAACCAUUAGAGGCACUGUUGAGUCAGUCAAACUAUGGUUGCCAAGCUUUGGUUAAUUAAUUUUACAGUAAUUCCAGGUCAAAAAUGUAUAUUUUGCACAGUGACAUUUUGAUAUUCACAUGAGCAAUGAUAAGUAGUUAAUCAUCAUACAUAUAUUUUGUUCCAGUCUGAUGUUGGCAUCCUUCUAUAUGAAUGGGUUGAAUUUGAACUUCACUUUCUUGUCCACUCAUGAUGGCUAUGGUUUAAGUCUGCAUUUGAAUGUACUAUCAUAUUAUAGGGCAAAGUUGAACAACCAAAAUAAAGCAGUAGCCGAAGUACAAAAAAUACAUACAACCAACAAUAAAGUCAAAAUUUCGGGGGAACCCCUACUCAGUGCACCGUGAGGAGAUUAGAACACCAGUAUAAAUGAUAAAAUAAUCAUCUAAUUCAUGUGUUCUUUUGAUCCAUGUAUAGAAAUGAACUUUAUGCUAUGUCACCUUUCUGCUAUGUUCUCCUUGCACUGUGAGGUGUUCAAGUGCUCUCAGAAUUGGGAGUGUAAAACACUACUUGUUUUUCAUUUUUAUUCACGUGCCCCCUAUUACAAUUGGUGUACCCAUGAAGGAACACGUACUCCACUUUGGGUACCUAGGGUCUAGACUAUUUUGAUGUUUUGAAUUAGAAAAAGGUUAUUGGAUGUGGAAACCUACCUCUUAAUUUUAAAAUGUAUGGCAGUAAAUAAAAAAAAAUUCAUGUGCAAAAUUGAAUCAUUUAGUCACCAUGCUAAAUUGUAAGAAACAUAUAAAUUUAGUCAAUUUGUCUAUGAAUGGGAAAAAAUUGACAAUUUCCUGCCAUAAAAUGUAUAAUUCUUUUUGCAGUUUUAAUUUCAUAUGAAUUUAUUUUAGCAAAAUCUUUUUUAUGCACUGAUUUAUCAUCGCUUAACUUAUUUAAUGCCUAAAUACAGCUAAACAGAAUGUUGGGAAGCCUUAUCGGUCUUUGUAAAAUAUUGCUCAGUUUUUGAUGUUGGCAGGUACCCUUUGAGAGCAGAGGGGGUUUUAUGAGUUUUGAUAUCAUUGUACAUUUAGUUUAAAUUGUGAAUUUUUUGCAGGUACCAAUUUUUCACAAGGAAAAGUUAUGUGGUCGUCAAUGUUACAUUAUGUUUAUUCAGCUAAUGUCUUUUUUUUUUUUUUUACUGUCGUCGUAUGUACUGAAAACAUCAUUCCAUUGCUGUCACAACUCAGCGGCACUCAAAUAAAAUCAAACCAGCUACUAAAAUGUACAUCAAUUGCGCCUCAUUAAAAAAAACACACCCCCAAGAAAAAUAGAUUUUAAAGAGUAAAAGCACUUGAUGACCCUGUAUGUAAACAUCUCCCUCACUCAUCCACUGCCAACUUCAGUUUUGCCCUCCCUCAAUUGAACAUAAGGUAACUUGCCACUACUUCCUAACAAUCAGCACUUCCCCUCCAAUAAAUAUUAGGGCCUCUUUAAAAUUAACA